AUGGAGAGAGGAACUGAAUAUAAAUCUGACACGACUGGAAAGAGGGGAAAGAAACAGCAAAGAGGCCCCCAAGAAUAUCCUGAAAACGUGAAAUCUGAUGACCCGCUUUUGAAGGGAGAUGAUGGUUUGAACAGGGCUGCGGAGAAAAAGGGAAGCAAUAAGAAAGAAACUGGAGACGAGUCAGACACUGCUGAACACAUGUUAGAAGCAGGCCUGAGGAAACAGCGAAGAAGUUCCCAAGGAUAUCCUAAAAAUGUGAAGUCUGAUGACUCACUUUUGGCAGAGGAGGAAGAUUAUCUGAAGAAGAACAUGAAGAAACAGAGGAGCGUGUCCCGAGGGUAUGCUCUGGGGAAUCAAUCCAGUGACGAGGAUAGUGCUAUGCUGGAGAUCGACAUGAAUUAUAAUUUGCUUUACUGGAGAACAAUGUGA